CAUUACAUAAAUUGAUUUGGUGAAUGGGUUGGGAUGUCCUCGGUAAUUCUCGAAGUUGAUUUCGAGGGUUAGAAAGAGGUCCAACGGGCAAGGCGACACCAACUUCAUUUUCACCUGAAGAGCAUGGUAAGCCUAUCGAGCCCAUCCCCACCCGACGCGCCGGCGACGGCGAGCCGGAGCCCGAGCCGGAGCCACCUCAUGGACGCCGUCUUCUCCUACGACGGCAACGUCAUGCUCGCCGCCAUCGUCUGCCUCCUCCUCGUCAUCCUCUUCGUCCUCCUCCUCCACUUCUACGCCCGGUGCUUCCUCUCCUCGUCCUCCUUCCCCCGCCGCCCCCGCCGCCGCCUCCGCCCUCCUCCUUCCUCCGCCGCCCUCGCCGCUCGCCUCCAGACGCUCGCCCGCGACGCCGCCCUCCUCUCGCCGUCCCGGGGCCUCGACCCCUCCACCAUCUCGUCCAUCCCUCUCUUCGUCGCGGGGCCCGAGGGCGGGGAAAAGGACGAGGAAUGCGUCGUCUGCCUGGGCGGCUUCGAGGAGAACGACGUCGGCCGGAGGCUGCCGGGCUGCGGGCACGGCUUCCACGUGGACUGCAUCGACACGUGGCUCCGCUCCCGCGCGAGUUGCCCCAUCUGCCGAGAGCCAGUCGUCGCCGACGCUCGCAGGGAGACGGAGAACAAGAACAAGCUCGCGGUGGCGGCAGAGGAUGCCGAUCCGGCCGGCGCCGCGCAAGAGAGCAGGGACGCAACGGUUCAAGAAGAGACGGGCUCGGGCUCGACGGAGGUUGCGAUCGACAUUGCCCACGACGGCGGCGGCGACGACGGCGACGACGACGACGCGGGCAGCCCGUCGUCGUCGUCGUCGACCCGGACGCAGCAACCGGCGACGACCCUCGGGGAUUCGCUGAAGAGAAUGCUGAGCAGGAACAGAGCAGAAAACAAGAUUCAUCCGUCGUCAGCAUCGUCCAACGGACCGGAAUCAAACGCUUCAUGUUAACGUCUCAUUCAGAAAAAAAAGAUGUCACGAUUCCACCGAUCCGACCACGCUUUCUUGCUCGACUCCUCUCGAGGCCGGAUCCAACUGUCGUUACAUGUUCGUUCGGGUUUGACUUGGUAGUCCGUGGAAAGCCGAGGUUUAGGAGAGAGGUUGGGUGAGUUUCUUGAAUUAAUUUCGAAGAGGAAUCCGAAAAACCCACGACCCGGAAAAGGCCAAGGAAUCAUGAAGUCAUACGUUAGGAGUGUAAUCAUUUCUCGAUUUGGAGUAAAUUAAAGGUGCGGUUGAACGGAAGCACCGUAUACGAUUCGCUUU